AUGCGGAGCUCCUCAGAAGACGACGACUCUGGCGCCUCUGGCGGGUUCGUCGAUUGGAUCCUCUCCUCUCGAGGUGGUGAAUUCUUUUGUGAUAUCGAUGCAGAGUACAUGACAGACCGCUUCAACCUCACAGGUCUCUCUGCUGAAGUCCCCAACUUCCAAAUCGCAUACGAUCUCAUCUGUGAUACAACAGAUAUCGAGGUAAACUUUAGCGAAGAAGGCGGGUAUGCUGCGUAUGGACGUCAUCUAUAUGGCAUGAUUCAUGCCCGCUACAUUCUCACACCGCGAGGCCUACAAAAGAUGCUUGAAAAGUACAAGCAAGGCGAUUUCGGCGUUUGCCCACGAUUCCUAUGCCACUCGCAGCAUCUAUUACCCAUCGGUCCAAGUGAUUUGCCAAGCAUAGCCUCGGUGCAGACAUACUGCCCGCACUGCGAAGACCUCUAUACCCCAAAAUCAAAACGUCACGCCAAUAUCGAUGGCGCAUAUUUUGGUACAACAUUCCCACACAUGCUGCUACAACUCAAUUCUGCCAUGAUGCCAGCAAAAUCGGAAGAACGCUACGUCCCCAAAAUCUUUGGCUUCCGCGUCCAUGAAAGUAGUCAAAUCCACCGAAAGCAAGAUCAGGAUCGCCACGAGAUGAUUGCUCGACUUGGACAAUACGCAUCAGGCGGCUGA